ACAUAGGAACAACUGCUCACGUUACAACUGCUGGAAAAAAAAGGAUUAUUGUAAAGUUUCUGCUGGCAUCUAUGUGAAAAGUGCCGUGUUUUGAUAAAGUUUCACAAAUACCCAGAAUUUACCUUUAAGUUAAUGCAUCCCAGAAAGUAACACAGAUUGUAAAACGAUUUGUUGCCACCUACAUGGAGUAACGAUGUAACACAAGUGUAUGAACGAAUCUUUUUGGUGAACAAAUUAAAAAGAUUCGAAUCACUAAGAUGAAUCAAAACGCCAUCCACUACGGCUGAAUUUGGAAUAGCAUACUAGCAAACUAAACUUACUAUUUCUACCAUGUAAAAAUAGUAAGCCUAGCAUUCGGCAUCCAGCCCAUAUACUGAGCAUUCUCGGAAGGCCAACAACUCACGAAUAGCGCCUCCUUAACGUCACAGCUGACGUUACGUAAUGUGGCAAAAAGUUAAUUUUUAAGUUUUGCGCCCUAUCUGCUCUUGCUGGAGAGAAGAUAAAGACGUGUUUAGGACAACGUCGAUCUCUUUUUGAAGGUAACAAGACAAAAAAGUUCGUUACCAGACAUGAGGGUGUGCAUCAUUGGAGCGGGGGUCAUCGGCCUCUCCACUGCUCAGAGCAUCUACCAGCACUUCCACGACAGGAUCGCCCCUCUCACCAUAGAGGUGUAUGCCGAUGUCUUCACUCCACUCACCACCAGCAAUGGGGCAGCUGGACUCUGGCAGCCGUAUCUCUAUGACAAGGGGAAUGUGCAAGAAACUAAAUGGAACAAAGAGACGUUUCAGUAUCUACUAAGUUGCCUUAGCUCUCCAGAUUCUGUGAGAAUGGGAAUCUUCCUCCAGUCUGGCUAUAAUCUGUGCACUGAACCCCUGCCGGACCCCUCAUUUAAAGACACUGUGUUGGGCUUUCGCAAGCUGACUCAACGUGAACUAGACAUGUUCCCAGGAUACAGUUUUGGGUGGUUCAACACUGCUCUCAUGGUUGAAGGAAAAACAUACCUGCCCUGGCUUAUGGACUGGCUAAGACAAAGAAAGGUCAAGUUUUAUCAGAGGAAGAUUGGUUCAUUUAAAGAGCUGGCAGACAUCGGUGCUGAUGUUAUCAUCAACUGCUCUGGUGUCCGAUCAGGAGACCUUCAGCCUGAUCCUGAGCUCCAGCCAGGCAGAGGACAGAUCAUUAAGGUAGACGCUCCCUGGUUAAAACACUGGAUCCUUACACAUGAUUCCUCAUCAGGAGUUUAUAACUCACCGUACAUCAUUCCUGGGAGUCGUUUAGUCACUGUGGGUGGAGUUUUCCAAAUAGGAAACUGGAAUCUGCAGAACAGUUCUGUUGACCAUAAAGGAAUCUGGGAAGCUGCCUGCAAGCUUGAGCCCAGUCUACAGCAUGCGCGGAUAGUAGAGGACUGGACUGGUCUCAGGCCUGCACGCAGCAAAGUUAGACUGGAGAGAGAGACCAUACGAUCUGGACCAACCUCAUUUGAGGUCAUUCAUAACUACGGACAUGGAGGUUUUGGACUGACCAUCCAUCGUGGAUGUGCUGAGGAAGCUGCUCGUCUCUUUGGUCAGAUCCUGGAGCAGAAAGGCCUGCUAGCACACUCUAAAUCACGUCUCUAAUAGAUCUAUGCCUCUGGAUAAUGUUAUCUAUCAAGUUUUAUUCUCGCUAAUCUAAUAACCAUGGUCAUACAGAUUCCAAGAGGUAAUGAAUCUCCAGAACUGAAUACAUUUGUCUUCAUUUAUCCGCACUAAUAUAUAAUAAAGAUACAUAUACUCAC